AUGUCAUCGGCAGGAAACCAUCCCGUGUACACGCACCUUUUCCGGCCGUGCCGCGUGGGCCAGCCGACCAUGAAGAACCGCAUGGUCAUGGCGCCGCUGACGCGGUGCCGCGCCGAUGACAACCACGUGCCGACUGCCAUCAUGGCGGAAUACUACGCCUCUCGCGCCUCGAUGGGGAUGAUUAUCACGGAGGCUAUUAUGGUUCAGCGCAACUACUCCGGCUUUGCGUAUGAACCCGGCCUGUACUCGGCGGAGCAGGUGGAAGCGUGGCGCACCAUCACGGAGGCUGUCCACGCACGUGGUGGGCUGAUCGCGGCUCAGAUUUACCACGCGGGCCGCGCCACCACACCGGCCAACCUCACGUCCGCUGGCGUGGUGCCGAUGGGUCCGUCCGCGGUGGGCAUUCCACCCGAGGUUCAGCAGUGCAUUGCUCAGUGGAGCCGCGACGGCAAGGCGCAGGCCUACUCGCAGUGCAUCUAUGCGAUGACGUCGGCCGAGAUCGGCGCCGCGGUGAAGUCCUUCACCCGCGCAGCUCGCAACGCAAUGGCUGCCGGGUUUGACGCGGUAGAAAUCCACGCCGGGGGUGGCUACCUGCUGGACUCUUUCCUGCGGGACGCGGCUAACCUGCGCACGGACGAGUACGGGGGCACCAUGGAGAACCGGUCGCGCUUUCUCCUGGAGGUCGUCGACGCCGUGGCAGCGGCCAUCAAGCCGGACCGCGUUGGGGUGCGUCUGACGCCGCUGGACACAUUCAAUGGCGAAGAAGACCGCCGGCCCGAGGCGCUCACCACGUACGUGUGCCAGCAGCUCGACGCUCGCAAGAUUGCCUUCGUGGACAUCGUCCGUGGGGACUCGAGGACUAAUGGGCCGGGGAGCGCAGAGGUGUGGGUGCGCCGCUCCUUCGGCGGCGCUGUCCUGGCGGGCCAGGGGUACGCGUCGAUGGACAUGGCCGAGCAGGCGAUCGCGGACGGCGCCGUCGACGCCGUGCUCUUUGGCGCGCAGGCUAUCUCGAACCCCGACCUCGUCUGGCGAGUCCUCACAAACGCCCCGUUUAACCGUGCCGAUGCGUCCACCUUGUUCACGCGGGGCAGCAAGGGGUACAUUGACUAUCCCGUCCGCGAGCCGCCCAACUUCUCCGAUCCGCGGGCCCUGGACGGCACGAAGGCUUGCUCUGAGGGGGACAGCAGCCGUCGCUCCUUGUGCCAGCGCUCCACCUCCAUGAAGAUGCCGGCGAAGGGGCGUCCAUACUGUGCGGUAUCGCAGCCGCUGCUGGUUGGCGCGACGACAAUGAAGAACCGUCUUGUCAUGGGCCCGAUGCCUCGCCAGCGGUGCGAUGCGCAGCAGUGCCCGACCGCCAUGAUGGAAGCCUACUACGCACGCCGCGCCAGUUACGGUCUGAUUAUCAGCGAGCCGUGCGAGGUACAACCCCGUUACAACACGUACGUUCGGGGUGCGGCCAUCUCGACGAAGGCGCAGGUGCAGGCCUGGCGCAAGAUCACGGAUGCCGUGCAUCGGGAGGGAGGCGUCAUGUACUGCCAGCUGCACCACGGGGGUCGGGCAACGCUGCCGUGCAACACUGGCAACGGCAAAGCCGAGCGGGCUGUGGGCCCCACGACGCGGGGCAUCUCGGCCGACUGCCGCUGUCCAGCCGCCUUCGCCGCAGACGGAAACGACCAGCCAUAUCCUGCCGAGGUGGUGAGACUGAGUGCGGAGAGGCUCAAGUGGAUUGUGAAGCUGUACGUUGCGGCGGCGAAGAACGCGAUGGUAGCCGGCUUUGACGGUGUCGAGAUCCACGCCGGUGGUGGCUACCUGAUUGACCAGUUCCUGCGCAAGUGCAGCAACACCCGCGACGACGACUACGGCGGCUCGCCUGCAGGCCGCUGCCGACUGCUGGAUGAGAUUGUGGACGCAGUGGCCGCGGCCAUCGGCCGGCGGCGGGUCGGCGUGCGCGUAUCCCCGACGGAUCUCUCCAAGGGGAUGAAGGACACCGAUCAAGACGUGGUGGCAGAGACCGUUGCGACGCACAUGGCGGAGCGCAAGAUCGCUUACAUGACCGUGGCGAGCGGCAGUGACGGGUACUUCUACGGGCCAGUGCCUGUCUCCAUCCUGAAGAAGGUCCUGCAGCACUUUGGCGGUGUUGUCAUGUGCGACGACAACAUCAGCCUGGCCGAGGCAGAGAAGCGCGUGGUGGCGGAUGCCGUGCAGGGCGUGUGCAUCACACUGGGCGCAAUCGCGAACCCGGACAUCAUGAACCGAGCCAUCCACGGCGUUGCACCCGCCGAGCCGGACAUGCACACUCUCUUCACGCAUAGCAGCGACGGCUACGACGCGUACCCGACGUAUGCGGAGCUGCGGAGGGGGGCGUGGGCGGAGCAAGCGCGCCAGUCCGCGGUGAGCAGAGCCCACUACUCCUCUGAGAUUUCGAAUCGAAGCACACCUCUGGCGGUGAACAACAAGUAG